AUGGACGCCCGAAUAACCACGGCCGGCCGAGAUCCGAAGUUUUGGCCGUCCAUAGACGCUCUUCCCGACUGGGGUCUUGACGAAACGCUUUCGGAGGCCUCGUCGUCCGCCAGCCAGCAUGUCUGUUCCCAUCCAGAUGAGAGCUCCAGCACUACCAACCAGACGAAACUCGGGUCCGUAUCGCAUUCCAAUGGCUCAACACUGGUUCCGCCAAGUACCAGCCCGACUACUGUCAAACACCGGCCUCCAUUGAGUUACGUUCAAUUAAUAGAAGACUAUUCUCAAGACUGUUCAGAGCUGAAAAACCAGGUGCUCCUAGCGCUUGAUAAAUUCAAGUUCGAAAUCAUUGCAUCGAACAUGAUGAGGAGCGCUGAAACGCCCACAAGCUCUGCGGCGUCGCGGGCCAGAGUCCGGAUUAGCGUCUGCGACGUCCCGUCCCAUCGGCUUGUUCACUCUCACGGAGCUUUCUACUUGGCGCUGGCGCUGCUGCACUUUGCUAAAAAAAAUGCGGGUCGCAUUAGCCCCGCGUGCCUGAAACUCGCGAUGCUGCUGGCAACGGCGUUCUUGGUUCUCGACCUCAACACAAAGAAAAUAGCCAUUCGCAUAUAUUUGCAACUCGUCACAAAUAAGCUGGACAGGUUCUUGCAGAUUAACCACCAGCUGGACAGAACACUUUCCUCACACGUGCGAGCAUUCACAAAUUUGGCGAACGACAGUUUGAAUGUGCUUCUGGGCGGGAGCUCCCGAACUCGCGGCGUGGCCUCGCCAAUUCUGCUCCAGGGUGUACUGAACACGCUUCUGGCAGCUACAAACCAGAAAGUCGCCGCGAUACUCCCGUUUACCGAUCUUGAGUACCUCCACAGAUACCUAGAUGUUUACCAGCUGGACCUGGGAAGCCGGGAUCUGCGGUUUGUAGGCGUGCUCAACUCGGAGGGGCUUAGGGGCUGGUCUGGGCCUGGGCCUGCGCCGCUGAAACCUCUGCGACUGCGGUCUUUUUCAGGCGACUCGCCGCUCCAGCACAGCCCAACGUUCCCGCAGCCAAAGGCAGCGUCGCCGCCGCUCCAAUUGGCUUCCAGUCCGUCGCGGACGUUCCAUUGUUUCAAAUCUCUGCGCAAGAUCUUUUUCUGUGUGCUGCUCGCAUUCGCGGAAGAUGCCCGCAUUGCGCAGACGGAGGAAACGGCACAGUUUGCCCAGCUGUGUGCUCGCAAGUUCAACGUGCGGCUGACGAGCCUCCAUUUGACUCUGCCGACGAAGUUGGUGCUGAUGAGCCAUGUUCUGCAGCAGUUGAUCUCUCUGCAGCAGAGUCUGCAACAGGAGGUGGCGGCAGCAAUUGAGGGACCGCAGGUUGCAGAGACGGAAGCUCCCUUGCCGGAGGAACAGUCCCCGUACAAAGACCUCAUUGGCAAACUGGACGCAAUAAGCAACAAGCUGGGCGCAAUGGAGCUCAACGAAACGGAUUCUGUGGAGAAUCUGACACAGGUUGGCGCCUCGAUCAACGAGCUCGUCGACUUGUACAACACCAUAAUCGACGGCGUCAGGGAUGCGGACGUUUCUGCGCGCGCAACGCCGGUCUCGUCGCCGCAGCUGGCCAACAGAGAGUUCCCGCCGCCGAAAAAAAGGCAUAGCAGCGGGCUCAAUUUCAAUUUGAUCACGGUGUUUGAGGACCAGGCCGACACCAAGGACGUGGUUCACACGGAGCACGGCGUUGCGGAGCUGGGGCCGGCCGAGCAGAUCCCCGGUGUGCAGAGCAAGGAGGAAUUGAAGAAGACGCUGGAAAAGCUCUGUGCUGGCGAGCCCAGGGAAACGAACGAGACGUUUGAAGCCCGCCAAAACGACGGCUCGCUUUCGAUGUCGACGCCGAUCAAAAGCGAGGAGCUGGACAAUUUCAAAAAAGAGCUCAAGGGCCUGUUGAUGAACGCAUUGUGA